ACAUCGAGCGUGGCGGAGCGCACGCCAGUUAAUCGCGGACGCGCAAUGGCGAUCGAUCAGAAGCUGGAGGAGUUGAUGGGAUUGCUUGGUGACUUUGGGCGGUACCAAGCAUUCCAGUUCGUGCUACAUCUGCUGGCGGCGGUAACGGCGGGGCUCCACAUGCUCUCCCUCGUCACGGUGGCCGCUGUUCCAGAACAUCGCUGCUUCAUCGAAGAUCUGGACGUCGCCACGAACGGCACGGCAGCGCUGCCCUCGCUGGCCCAACUGAUGGCUUACAUCCCGCUCAACAGUGACGGGGAGCUGGAUUCGUGCGCCAUGUACGAUCUGCCGGGAUCCGGUAACGGUUCGACGGUGGCGUGCGGUUCAUACGUCUACAACAACACAUACUAUGCGUCUUCCCGGACGAUCGAGUGGAAUCUGGUGUGCGACAAGCGCUGGAUGGGAGCACUCGGCCAAACGAUCUACAUGCUGGGCGUGUUCACUGGUGCCGUCUGGUUGGGAGGUUUGGCCGACAAGAUCGGACGCAAGAAGGUGUUCUGCUGGUCGGCACUGAUGCAACUAGUUCUCGGUGUGGCCGUGGCCUUCACGCCCGAAUUCUACUCCUUCCUGGUGCUGCGCUAUCUGUACGGGAUCUUCGGAAGCGCCGGCAGCUACAUCACCGGCUUCGUCCUGACGAUGGAGCUGGUCGGUCCGAGCAAGCGGACACCGUGCGGAAUCUCGUUCCAGGGUGCGUUUGCCGGUGGUAUCAUGCUGGUGGCGGCCUGGGGAGCUCUCAUUCCCGACCGGAUGCUGCUGCAGGUUGUGUACGGAUUGCACGGGUUGCUGCUUGUGGCACACUGGUGGAUCAUGGACGAGUCGCCGCGGUGGUUGUGGAUGCAGGGCCGCAAACGGGAGGCGGUCAACAUUGUGGCCCGCGGUGUGCGGAUGAACCGGCGGGGAAUGCACGUGGACAAGGAGUACUACCUGGCGGAGGACAAAUCGUCGCCGACGUACGCAGCCAUCGAGGAGCCGUCCAGUUCGGCUGGGCUCGGGGAUCUCUUCAAGACGCCGAACCUGCGCAAGAUGACCCUGAACGUGUGCCUGUGUUGGUUCGCCAACUCCAUCACGUACUACGGCCUGUCGCUGAGCGCCGGCAAGCUGAGCGGCAACCCGUUCCUGAUCCUGUUCCUGAUGGGCCUGGUGGAGUUCCCGAGUUACAUCUCCAUCAGCUACCUCCUCGACAGGCUCGGCCGCCGCUCCAUCACCAGCUCGCUGAUGAUCGUCGGGGGCAUCUGCUGCAUUGUGGCCGCGUACCUGACGCGUGGCAGUACCGAGUCGACGUCGGUCGUCAUGUUUGGCAAGCUGUUCAUUGCCGGUUCGUUCGCCGUCAUCUACAACUACUCGGCCGAGCUCUUCCCCACCGUUGUCCGCAACUCGGCCAUGGGCCUGGGCUCGAUGUGCGCCCGUUUGGCCGGCGCCAUGACGCCGAUGAUUACGCUGCUCGAUUCGUUCGACCCGAAGAUCCCGGCCGUCAUAUUCGGCGUGAUUUCGCUCGUGUCCGGCACCUGGGUCCUGUUCCUGCCCGAAACGAUGGGCAAACCGAUGCCGCAGAGCCUGGAGGACGGGGAAAACUUUGGCCGGGGUGAUACGGCCUUCGCCGGGUGCCUCGGGCGCAACAAGACGCACACGGAAGACUUCCCCCCGCCGCAGCAGAUGGUGCCGCUUCGGAAGCCCGAGUCCGGUCGGUAGUCCGGACGGACCGAUACUGAGUGUUCGCUUUUAGGUUAGCUAAGCCGCAGCUGGUAGCCACUGAGUGGUCGUGAUGAGCGUGAUUGUGGUGAGCGAAAGGCACCUUAAAUAUAUAUGCACCAUCGUCACAUUUCG